AGAAUCUUGUGAAAAUUGGUUUCAAGUCGUGUGCUCGAUUGAAAAAUCAUUGCAUGGUUGCAUGUCCAAUGUGUUGUGAAGAAUGCUACCUAUGGUACGCUACCUACAACUAGGCGAAACUGGGCGACCUUCGAUAUGGCCGUCUGAUUCAGAUUAGGUCAGUGGUAUGUUUUCCAAAAUGAUAGGUGUGUGGUGUAAUAGACUAAAACCAAAAUGGCGGACUCAGCUAGUUUAUCUGCGCUACAGUUUAGUGGUGGUGAAAAAGAAGUCAUAGAAAGGACAGUAAAUGUUACUAAUGAUACUGUUUGUAGUAAAAAUAACAAAGAAGAAUUUUAUGAAAUUUCGAGGUGCACGGAUGUUAUAAAGAGUCUUGGCUUUCAAAAGAUUGCACUCCAGUUUCCAGACUCACUGUUAACCGAUUCAGCUGCUGUUUCUUCAUUGAUUGAAAAGUUCACUGGAAAGAAAGUGUUUGUGUUAGCUGAUACCUCAUAUGGAAGUUGCUGUGUUGAUGAAGUUGCUGCAGAACACAUUGAGGCAGAUCUUAUCAUUCAUUACGGCAGAGCUUGUUUAAGCCAGACUCGGCGACUUCCUGUGUUGCAUGUUUUUGGUAAAUGGCCAAUCAAUGGUCAGAGUUGCUUGGAACAAUUUGGACAAUUAUUUCCAGACACUGAAGUCAAAGUGAUUGUGUUUUGUGAUGUGGUGUACAGUCAUUGUAUGGAAGAAUUGCAGAAUUCUAUCAAACGGAAUUACCCUAAUGUGGUAUUCACAAAGCUCAUCUGCUCCACAUUUGAUCAAGAAGGGGAACUAUCUCAAGGUAAUAAGCAAACUGCUGAUGAGUUCAAUUCCCAAGGCAAAACAAUGGAAGAAACACCAUUAUCAGCUGAACCUUUGCAAACAGAUGUUGAAAUGACUUCACUUGAAGAACAUGGGAAUGUCCAGCAUGAUAAAAAUGGUUAUUUUUGUAGGUUUGGACGUGAAUUUAGUCUUCCUGCUGAUACACAGUUGGAGGACUUUGCUGUAUUUUACAUUGGUGGUGAAAGUUUGUGUUUGCAGAAUUUGAUGAUGACUUACAACAAAUGUCAGUUCUAUUCAUAUGAUCCUUGCACCAAUAUUGGCAGAAAAGAGACUCUGAAUGUGAAUAAAGCACUAAUGAAAAGAUAUUACAUGAUACAACGAGCCAAAGAUGCUCAGGUAGUUGGAAUAGUGGUGGGAACAUUAGGAGUGGCUGAUUACUUAAGAGUUAUUGAAAGACUGAAGCAAGUCAUAAAGCUUGCAGGAAAAAAGUCCUAUUUGUUUGUCAUGGGAAAGCUUAAUGUGGCAAAAAUGGCCAACUUUAUGGAGGUGGAUGUGUUUGUGUUGGUGGCAUGCCCUGAAAACACCCUGAUUGACUCCCAGGAGUUUUAUAAACCAAUAGUUACUCCUUUUGAAAUGGAAUUAGCCUGUUUGAGGACUCGGGAGUGGACUGGAGACUAUAUAACAGACUUUAGGGAACUGGAAUUCUUCAAGGUCACUGGUUGAGAGGAAUCAGGAAACAAGUUUGUCAACUCAACACCACAGUUCUGCAGCGGAGUACCUUGCAUCAAGAUCGUGGAGGGGACUAGAACAGAGGCUUGGUGAAACUCCUGUUACACAAGCAGUGGAAGGAAGGACGGGCAUUGCAGCGGGGUACUUACAUGAGAAGGGCCAAGAUCAAGGCAGUCAGAAGGAACCCGUCCUGUGACUGACCAGUCCUUAAAGUACAAACCUAUUAGGACACUAUUCGCUUCUGUUCGUGACGAUUACCAGCUUCUUCAUCCGGAAUGUGGAGCAAAAAUCAUAUUAUAUUCUAAUCACCUUGAAACGAUUAUAAAAUAUUGUGUAACUAAUCUUAAUAAACACAAACACAGCAUCAGGA